CACUAAGACUAAGUACAGUCAUAUCAGUCAAGAGGCUGAAGAUCUGAGGAUUGGUGCUUAGGUUUGGUCGCUCCCAAGUCGUUUGAGAACCAUUGUUAUUCUCUGAUAUGGCGGUUGCUGCUGCUGCUGCGCUCAUUGGCAACGGCGAUUAUACUGCCGCCAAGGCCCCGUCCACCGGUCGAUAUGCCUCCGUUUACAGCGAAGUGCAGAACAGCCGUUUGGAUCAUGCGCUCCCCUUACCUACCGUAAUCAGAGAUUCAUUUAAGGUAGUCGAUGGCCCGACUAGCUCCGCCGCCGGCCAUCCAGAUGAGAUUGCAAAAUUGUUUCCUUGCCUCUUCGGACAACCAUCCGCAAGCUUGGUAGCUGGAGAUCCUGCUGAGAAUUUGCCAAAUAAGAGCUUGAAGAUUGGAGUGGUUCUCUCUGGAGGCCAAGCUCCAGGAGGGCACAAUGUUAUUUCUGGAAUUUUUGAUUAUUUACAGUCUCGUUGCAAAGGGAGCACCUUGUAUGGAUUUAGAGGUGGACCGGCUGGAAUAAUGAAGUGCAAGUAUGUAGUACUGACACCAGAGUAUAUCUAUCCUUACAGAAAUCAGGGUGGAUUUGAUAUGAUCUGCAGUGGGAGGGACAAAAUUGAGACUCCAGAACAGUUUAAGCAAGCUGAAGAAACAGCAGUGAAGCUUGAUCUGGAUGGACUUGUGGUGAUUGGUGGAGAUGAUUCAAACACAAACGCGUGCCUUCUGGCUGAAAAUUUUAGGAGCAAAAACGUGAAAACCAAGGUUAUUGGAUGCCCAAAAACCAUUGAUGGUGAUUUAAAAUGCAAGGAGGUCCCCACAAGUUUUGGGUUUGAUACGGCAUGCAAGAUAUAUGCUGAAAUGAUUGGUAACGUCAUGAUUGAUGCCCGUUCAACAGGGAAAUACUAUCACUUUGUUAGGCUUAUGGGGCGUGCUGCUUCUCACAUAACAUUGGAGUGUGCUUUGCAAACACACCCUAAUAUCACUCUAAUUGGAGAAGAGGUUGCUGAAAAGAAGCAGACCCUUAAAAAUGUUACAGACUACAUUGCUGAUGUAGUCUGCAAACGUGCAGAACUUGGAUACAACUAUGGUGUUAUCCUCAUACCCGAAGGACUAAUAGAUUUCAUUCCAGAGGUUCAGCAGCUCAUCUCUGAACUGAAUGAAAUAUUGGCCCACGAUGUUGUGGAUGAAGCUGGGGUUUGGAAAAAGAAGCUCACCCCACAAUCUCUUCAGCUUUUUGAUUUCCUACCCCCAGCAAUUCAAGAUCAGUUGAUGCUUGAGAGAGAUCCACAUGGAAAUGUUCAGGUUGCGAAAAUUGAAACUGAGAAGAUGCUUAUUCAAAUGGUUGAAACUGAAUUGGAUGCUAGGAAGCAAGCGAAUGCAUACAAUGGUCAAUUCAAAGGGCAAUCUCAUUUUUUCGGAUAUGAGGGAAGAUGUGGGCUGCCAUCUAAUUUUGAUGCUACGUAUUGCUAUGCUUUGGGAUAUGCUGCCGGGGCACUGCUUCACAGUGGGAAAACAGGAUUGAUAUCCUCGGUAGGAAACUUAGCAGCCCCAGUGGGUGAAUGGACUCUUGGUGGAACUGCAUUGACCUCCCUAAUGGAUGUUGAAAGAAGACAUGGCAAAUUCAAACCUGUGAUAAAGAAAGCCAUGGUUGAGCUGGACGGUGCCCCAUUCAAGAAAUUUGCAUCUAUGCGGGAAGAGUGGGCCCUUAAAAACCGCUAUCUGAGUCCUGGUCCCAUUCAGUUUGUCGGCCCUGCGUCUGACAAGGUUAACCAUACUUUGCUGCUGGAACUCGGAGCUCAAAUCUGAAUGUGAGCAUUCUGUUCAUUAUCCUUUGCGAUUGCGUGACACACUGUUUGAGUUUUGUCGUCCGCGAGCACCCAUUGUUACCUAUCUUGAGUUGUUUCCAUCCCUUUGGUGGACUAGUUGGUUUAGAAUUCUUUAUGUUUGUUUCUGACCUUUAAACUUAUAAAAUUUAUUAACGUGUUUGAA